AUGUUGAAGAACAGGUUCAUUUAUUACUCUAACAAUUUUCUUAUUCCACCGUUUAGGGCUUCUUUCUGUCACUAUCUACAUCCCUUCAUUCCUAAAUCAAAUGAUUUUGAUGUUAACAAUGAUGUUUCCUCAUUCCAUCGAAUGCUUCGUAUGCGUCCCACCCCAUCCAUUGUAGAAUUUAACAAGAUUUUAGGUUCCAUUGUUAAGGCUAACAAUAAUCAUUACACCACUGCCAUUUCCCUUUCUCAUCAAUUGGAACUCAAAGGAAUUACUCCAACUAUUGUUACUUUCAACAUAUUGGUUAAUUGUUACUGCCACCUAGGGGAAAUGACUUUUGCCUUUUCUAUAUUUGCUAAGAUUCUCAAAUUAGGUUAUCACCCCACAACCAUAACCUUCAAUACACUUAUCAAUGGUAUUUGUCUUAACGGUAAGCUCAAGGAAGCUUUGCACUUUCAUGACCAUGUGAUUGCACUUGGAUUUCACUUGGAUCAAGUUAGUUACAGGACCUUGAUCAAUGGGUUGUGUAAAAUCGGUGAAACAAGAGCCGCCUUGCAAAUGUUGAAAAAGAUUGAAGGGAAAUUGGUUAACACCGAUGUGGUAAUGUAUAAUAUAAUCAUCAAUAGUUUGUGUAAAGAUAAAGCUGUAAGUGAUGCCUAUCAGUUAUAUUCUGAAAUGAUUACAAAGAGAAUUUCUCCCGAUGUUGUCACUUUCAAUUCUCUAAUCUUGGGAUUUUGCGUUGUUGGUCAAUUGAAAGAAGCAUUUGGUUUGUUCCAUGAAAUGGUAUUGAAAAAUAUCAACCCAGAUGUUUAUACUUUCAGUAUAUUGGUUGAUGCUCUUUGUAAGGAUGGAAAUAUCACAAGAGCUAAGAAUAUGUUAGCCGUUAUGAUGAAACAAGGUGUGAUUCCGGAUGUUGUUACCUACAGUUCAUUAAUGGAUGGAUAUUGUCUAGUUAAUGAAGUGAAUAAGGCCAAACAUGUGUUUAGCACUAUGUCUCGACUAGGAGUGGCUCCACAUGCUCAUAGCUAUAAUAUAAUGAUUAAUGGAUUGGGUAAGAUUAAAAUGGUCGAUGAAGCCUUAAGUCUCUUUAAGGAAAUGUGUUGCAAAGGAAUUGCUCCUGAUACGGUAACUUACAAUUCUCUCAUUGAUGGUUUGUGCAAAUUAGGAAGAAUAUCCUAUGCUUGGCAGCUUGUUGAUGAGAUGCAUAAUAAUGGUAUACCAGCCGACAUAUUAACUUACAAUUCUUUGAUAGAUGUUUUAUGCAAAAACCAUCAUAUUGACAAAGCUAUUGCAUUAGUUAAGAAAAUUAAAGACCAGGGCAUUCAACCAAGUAUGUACACAUACAAUAUACUUAUUGAUGGACUCUGUAAAGGAGGACGACUUAAGAAUGCACAAGAUGUUUUCCAGGAUCUUUUGAUUAAGGGUUAUAGUGUAAAUGCUUGGACGUAUAAUAUUAUGAUCAAUGGACUUUGUAAAGAAGGCUUGUUUAAUGAAGCAGAGGUCUUGUUGUCCAAAAUGGAGAACAAUGGUAUCAUUCCUGAUGCUGUAACGUAUGAAACUAUCAUCCGGGCUCUCUUUCGUAAAGAUGAGAACGAAAAGGCGGAGAAACUUCUUCGUGAAAUGAUCAUUAGAGGCCUCCUAUUAUGCAAACACUAGGUAAGAUGAUCUUUCAUUAUAUAAUUGGUUAUUUUGAUGACA